AUGGUUGCUCGGCGACUAUCCACUUGUGCUGACCGGCUGGUCGUCACCACGCUGGUGUCGUCCGCGCUGCUGGGCAAGAUGGCGUCGGCCCACGGAGUGGCCUUCCAGGAAACAUUCACAGGCUUUAAGUGGAUGGCCCACGCGGCGCUGCAGAAUCCGGACAAGCGGCUCGUCUUCGCCUACGAGCAGGCCAUCGGCUUCCUGGUCGCCUCGAGGCCCCUCGACAAGGACGGGGUGUCCGCCGCGGUCGUCCUGGUGGAGCUCGUCGCCUCGCUGGCCGCAGCAGGAUCGACCGUGGAGGCCCGGCUGGAGGAGAUCGCGGGGCAGUACGGGAGGCACGUCACGGCCGAGAUCAGCGAUGGACCCCGCUGCCGGCUCGGCGGCGGUGGCGCGGCUGCGCAAGGACCCGCCCAGCGAGGUCGCGGGCAUGAAAGUCGCCGCCGUGCGCGCUUUCCCCGAAGCAAACCUGCUGCGGCUGUGGCUCGGCGAGGAGGGCGGUGCCGGCGUGCGCGUGCAGAUCCGGCCGAGCGGCACGGAGCCGAAGGUGAAGAUCUACGGGGAGGCCGUGGGCGCGGACCCGAAGGCCGCCCUCGAGGCCGCCGCGGAGCUGCUGAAGCAGUGACCGCCUCCCGCCCCCCCGCGGGCGCCCGGGCCGGCGGCCGGCGCCGCCCCCGCGGCGCGGGUUCGGGAGCCGCCCCGCCCCUCCCCUCCCCUAGGGCCCCCUUUCGUGGAACGCGCUUGUCUAUCUCAUCUCGCCUUCCCUCCCUCGUUUUUGCCGCUGGCUUCCAGUAA